GUCCCUGCUGGAUUCAAUCUAAACCUCCUCCUGCUGAAUUUCAUCGCGUUUGUAUAGUGCAGCCUUCUUUCAGCGAACGAGUGCUUGUCACUGCUUGCCUUCUUUCGUGUCUCUGUCUCUGUCUGGUGUGCGACAGGGAGUCGGGCGGAGAGGACCUGUGGACCGACAGUGCACUCUGGCGCCGCUUCUAGCAGGGGAAGCCCCCACGCGUCGCGCGCUUGGAUCGCCGGUGUAUAUUCGCGGCAUGGAGUGCGUGUGCAUGUGCGUCGGGGUCUAAAUGUGUGAGUUCGCGCGCGACAAAGCCCCGGGCUCAGUCCUCAACAGUUGCCACCGGAGCGGAGGAGAGGAGGAGAGGAGGAGAGCGAGAGAGACAGCAGACUGAGGACGGACGGACAGCGGAGCCCCACGCCGCUCUGCCCGGCUCUGCUCCUGACAUGCAGUCGCUCAUCUCUCCGGUGACAAAGGCCAUCCUAGUAGCGCUCUUCAUCUUCGCCAUACUCCUCAUUCUCUAUGUGAUCCUCUGGUACAUCUGCAGAGACGUGGACUGCGACCACGGAAUUUGAGGAUUCCGUCUGAACGGGAGUUUCGCAAUGGGGCGCGCAGAGGAGCCGGCAGAGCCCAGGGUCAUCCUUGAUGCCCAGACAAGAUGGCAAGGUUGCCAUAGUGACAGGAGGCGGCAAGGGAAUCGGCUUUGAGGUAGUCCGCCACAUGGCCAGACUGGGGGCGCAUGUUAUCAUAGGUGGAAGGGAUGAGCAGGAGGGCCUGGCAGCCGUCAGAAGGAUCUGUGAAGAGUACAAACAGGCCAAAGUGGAGUUCAAGAAACUGGACCUCGCGUCUUUGCAGUCUGUCCAUCAUUUCGUCCAAAGCUUCAAGCAGCUGGAGCUGCCGCUAAACAUUCUGAUCAAUAAUGCGGGUGUCAUGCUGGUUCCCGAGGGUCGUACUGAAGAUGGAUUCGAACAGCACCUCGGGGUGAACUACCUAGGUCACUUCCUGUUGACCUGGCUCCUCCUGGACACACUCAAGGAUUCUGGGAAGUGUGGUCACAUCUCCCGUGUGGUCAAUGUCUCCUCCUCUGCCCACCGCAUCGGCACCGUCAGACUAAAUGAUUUAAACAGCUGCCAGUGUUACUCAGCCCAUGCUGCGUACUGUCACAGUAAGCUGGCCCAGCUGUUGUUCAGCUCCCACCUCCACCAGGAGCUGCAGCGCCGAGGCUCUCCGGUGAGCUCAUGUGCCGUGGACCCCGGCAUGGUGGACACCGCUCUGUACCGCCACCUGUGGAUGCCCCUCUGUCUGGCACAGAGCGCCUUCGCUCACCUGCUGCUGAGGACUCCUGUAGAGGGCGCUGCCACUGUGUUGUAUGCCGCCCUAUCACCCGCCCUGGAGGGGGAGAGUGGAGGAGGCUACUGGGCCAAUGGGUGCAGGGAGAUGACAACACCACCGACCUUUGACCCACCGCUGCAGCUGAGCCUAUGGGAGACCAGCCUCCGGUUACUGGGCCAACAGUAGCAUGAGAUUAAAGGGCGACACAAAAGGACUGGACCCUGAAGACAACAUCAGAUACUGACCCUUAACUCGGGCGAACCAGCCUUCCUUCCUUACUCCUCCUCCUCCCUUUCUCUUCAGUUCUUUUUCUCCGUCCAUACCUCACAUCGAGGUUUUUGUAGCAUUAUAUUGUGACAAUCCACCUCUGGACUGUGAUUGGUUAUUUGGGAAGCAAAGACUUGUUCCAGACCCGCCAAAGAAGGGCUACAUGGGGAUGGAAGACAUGUUUUAGUUUUUCACUGUGAACGUGAAAACACACGCACAUGAAUAAAAACACAUUGUAGGGUUUUAUGGAUGAAAGAUUUUGCGGUCAUGGAUACUGGGCAGUUGCUGACAUCAGUUGUUUUAUUCCCGGAUUGUCGCUAACCUCAGAUAUCUAUAGCCAGAGAUAUUGUUCCAUGAUGUCGUUUUCAAAAACUUACUAUGACACCUGCUCCACUCUGCCUUAAUGUCAUUAGUCUAGAUUUCAGUGAAGAGUUUCUUUGUCCACAAAAACUAAAUUCUUUUUUCAGAUGAUUUUCCAUAAAAAUGUUAAAUUCUAGGUAAACAUUAACAUGCUCUUGGGGCCAUGGAAAUAGCUGAAUUGAGAAGCUGAAUUUUGUCUCUUUGCUGGCUGAAAAAUCACAUUUCAGUCAAACCCUAGGGUGUGCACACACACACACACACACACACACACACACACACACACACACACACACACACACACACACACACACACACACACACACACACACACACACACACACACACACACACACACACACACACACACACACACACACACACACACACACACACACACACACACACACAAAUCUGAUUCUUCAAAUCUGGACCCGCCUUGCCUUGGUGGAGGAAUGUGAUGUCAUCACUUUGCUUUGACACAUCAUAAUGAUUUCUCAGACCAUCUUGCCGCCCCACCUGUUCAACUGGGAGCACCUUGUUGUUUUUGUACGUUCCUCUUCUGGUUACCGCUGUACUGAAUCCUCACGUGAACUGCUGAUCGUAGUUGUGUGAUAUGCUGUGUUUAAAAAAAAAAAACAUAACAUAAAAAAAAAAAACAUAAAAAAAGGUAUAUUGCUGUUCUCAUGAAGAUGCUGGGAAAACAUCCUCAACUCCUUUUUCCUUUCUCUCUCCACAACUCUGCAGUCUCACAUUCCCACGGACCGAAGGGGUUUUUAGGAAAACCCCGACAAAAAGAAGAGACCCUGUCCAAAUGUUGGACAGAUUUGGAAUGAUUCCUCCUAUAGACUUGAGAGUAAUACUUUGUGUUUGUUUUGGAGAUUUUUCUUCUGCUGAUGUCACUUUCUGAGGACAGGAUUUCCGGACGUUUCUGUUUGCUUUUGUCUCCUCGGAAAACAAAAAGGGGAAGCAUGGGGAGCCAACCUCGUCUUCAAUCUAAAUCUGUGCCGGUUUCCCUUUGUGAUCAGUGUUAAUCGGUUUUACUGUGCCUGUGAUAGAUGUGUGUGUGCGCGCUUCAUGCACAACGAGUUAAGCAUUGACUCAUGCUAUAAACCCUAUUCAUGUUGAUAGAUAGCACAACAAUGGCCGGUCCAGGAGGAACAGCAACGGAAAAGGAGAGGGGGAGAGAGAGAGGGAAAGCACUUUUUUUUUCAUAACUCAAGCUGGUUCCUCAUUGCUGCUGCUGCAAAUGCUUCCUCAUUUGGCGCCGCUCCCAGUGCAUUGUGGGAUUGUGAUUUCCCAGUGGCGAGAAUCAAACUCCAUCUGCUGAGCUGACACACACACACACACACACACACACACACACACACACACACACACACACACACACACACACACACACACACACACACACACACACACACACACACACACACACACACACACACACACACACACACACACACACACACACACACACACACACACACACACACACACACACACACACACACAAACAUUGGAAGCAGUACUGUAUAUCCAGGCGCAGGCUUAUCUAAACAAGCACACAGCAAAAGAUACAUGGCUGCUUCUCUCAUUCAGGAAAACACACAUGAGCACACGCAUAACACACAGCCAUAACGCCAUUGCCACUGUGAUCAACCAUUUUAGCUGUGAAAAAUGAAAAGUUUCUCCGGAAAUUAACAAGUUUGCUCGAAAGAUCCUUCCCCCGCGCGCCGUCCCAUGGCUGUGUCUGUCGUGUGUGAAGCAAAAGCAUCACCGUGGUACUGCUGCUAAUUCUGCCGGCAGCACAGAGGAGGAAAAGGAUCCCGAUGCACAAAAGCAUAUCAAUGGGAAAAGAAAAGAAAAAAAACCCACUUAAGCGUUACCCAUAUAUCAGGAAUUUAAAAUUGAUUUGCCUACAUCGUUGAAGUGCAUUGUUUUCCGCAGUUACAUUUUAAAUAGUAUAUUCAGAAGAACAUCCGCACUUUUUUUAAAGCAGUUUGUCCGCUCGUCACCGUUCAGGAGCUGGAUCUUCUGAAGGUUAGGCUGAGCCCCCUCCCUGAAUAAGACCACUCCAGAUAAUGUUGUGCUCAGGCCCUCUUUGUCACCUCAUAAAGUCAAAUAAGGAUGUCGACGUUUAGGAGGACGAACUGUGACAUUCAAAGACGCACCUGGGCUCCACCAGCAGGUUUACCUCCUUUGAAUGAGAGUAGUCAGCCAAUCAGGGUUCUGCGUGUUGAGGACUUUAGUCUUUUGCUAAAUAGCGUGAUCCAGAAAAGGAAAAUCCAACUGAAAAUGGGAAUUCUCAUCGGUUUUGAAGGGUUUCUUUCUUCUACUCAGUGUUGUCUUACAGCGCAGGGGGGAAAAACUGUCUAUUGCCUCGGUGCUUCCUUGUUUGGCAGUGGUUCCUCGAGGCUACCGUAAAGUACUGACACAAUGACUAGAUAACCAACGAUCAAACCUAGUCCUCUAGUGAAACAAAUGAGCUUGUGCCCCUUCACAUGAACGACGACACCAGCUUACCGACCAGCAGCACUCAUGUUAGAGAGUACAAAGGUGUGUGAUCUACAUCCUGUCGCAGAGCCGUUGUGUUUCCCCGCUGUCCAGCUGCUACAAUAGAUGAUUUGAAAAGCCCGGGGAGGGGGGGACGUCUGAGCACAAGAUUUUCCAAAGACGUGGGCGAGGAGAAGUGUGAGGGUCCGUCUCGGUGUUCUUGCCGUGUAAAGUGUGCAGAGGGUUGCUGAUAAAUGUUCAAUGAUUACCUUGUUAUAUAUUUAACGUACUCCUCAAGCACUCUACACGGGGCAGGACAGCACAGUGAACCUUCUGAACUCCAAGUGCAAAUAUAGAAAAAGAGCAAAAGCGGCUCAAGUAACGUCCCGUGAUAUUGUCUGUAUGUUAUUUACUCGUAAAUUAUUAUUUUCUAAAGCUGCUGGUCGUGGACCAGCAGGGCUGUAUGUAGACUGAAAAUGCCCUAAUAGACAUUCUUCUGACUGACCUGGGAUUACAUUUAUAUUAAAUGUUCUGGUCCCAAGUCCUGCGAGAUCCUAAAUGUGUUCAUAUGUAUAGGAAGAGAAAUUAUAAAGAUGUAUACAGAGGGUGACCAGAUGAACUGAGUCCUUACUGUGGAGGUUGGACCAGAUAAGAGGAAACACAUUAUACCAUGUGCCCGUUAACCAUUCUCUCCUUUGGUUUUAGAGGAUGUUCCCACCUGGAAUCCAGUGUAAACAUUCAGUCCAUCUGGGCACAAGAGGAUUUAUGAAAUGUGCAAAAUGUUUUUGUUUUGAUUUUCUUCGUUAUUUUGCUGUUGUAGAAAAUGACACAUUUAAUUGCUUUUGCCGUGCCUAUGAAGAGAAUCUUCCUCAUAUUACGUGUAAACUGUGAAUUUUUCAUGUAGAAAUGAACUUGUAGAAACCGUGAUACCGUCUUGUCCUGUGGAUUUGCUGUAAGUUUCUUCUUCUCGUUGGAGUGAAGGUAAUGGAGGAGUGAGGAGUGAGAGUGUGUGUGUGUGUGUGUGUGUGUGUGUGUGUGUGUGUGUGUGUGUGUGUGUGCGUGCGCAUGUUUGUGUGUCAGUGUGUGUCUAGAUUAUAGGAUGUUCAUGUCCAUGUUUUUUUUGGUCGAUGGUUGUGACAUUCCAGCAGCAGCCACCAUCUUUUCUAUUAUCCAAAGCCUCUCAAUAAACAUAUCAUUGUGCCA